AUGAAAUUCGCUGCAGCAUCCUUGCUCAUUCUGACUCUUGGAGGCACGUCAGCUUUCCGUGACAAGUCUCAAAAGAAGAAUACCUCUAAGCAUCGUGGUUUGGAAGAAGAUUGUGUUGUGAAUCACCACCAUGCCAAGACAGUAGAAGAAAUCCAAGUGGAAGUGAAAACUGCCCAUGCUGGUAAUGGAAUGUUUGACCUCUCCCUCAACAGUCCACCAUAUGCUCCUGCUGGUAAAUCUGUGACAACAACUGGUUGGUGCAUUGAUUACAGCAGGAGCAUUGAAGCUGGAUCCUACUCAAUGGAUGUGUUUAGUGCUUUUGAUUCCAGCAUCCACUCCAAUGCUAUUGAUAAACCUGCAAUGCUCCCCAACUUGGCCUGGUUGAUCAACAAUGUCAAUGUUGGUGAUACAUAUCCCUCCUCUGAUGACUGUGUGGGAGGUACACUUUCUUGGUGGGACAUGCAAGGUGCUGUGUGGAUGUUGGUUGAUAAUGAAAAUGGAGAAGGUACCCAUUAUGAAACAAACCGUGUUGAAUGCAUCUCACAAGGCCUGGCUCAACGAGCUCGCAAUGAAGGAGAAGGCUACGAACCUGACUGUAAUGAUCCCUUUGAAAUGAUCCCAUUGGUGAUGGUGGCAGACAAUGAUGCUACUGGUGAAAUUACCAACCAGGUCAUCAUCUCUGAGACGUUGUUGUCAACAAUUGAUGGGAUUUGUGAAUGUGCUACACCAGCUCCGACCAGUUCACCUACCAAAGCCACUGAUGCUCCCACUGGAGGACCCACAGCUUCACCUACAAAAUCUACUGAUGCUCCUACUGGAGGGCCUACAGCUUCACCCACCAAAGCCACUGAUGCUCCCACGGGAGGACCGACAGCCUCACCCACUGAAGCCACGGAUGCUCCAACUGGAAGCCCAACAGCUCACCCACCAAAGCUACUGAUGCUCCCACUGGAGGACCUACAGCUUCGCCCACCAAAGCUACUGAUGCUCCCACGGGAGGACCUACAGCCUCACCCACUGAAGCCACGGAUGCUCCAACUGGAAGCCCAACAGCUUCGCCCAUUAAAGCCACUGAUGCUCCAACUGGAAGACCCACAGCAUCACCCACCACAGCUCUCACUGAAAGCCCAACAGAUGCACCCACAAAAGCCACUGAUGCUCCUACAUUGA